UGUUUCACGUCGCUUAUGGCAAAUGGAACAAAUUUUAGCAUUCUGAACACUUUUGGAAUACUCUAUGUAUACCUACUCAAGGAAUAUGCGCUGGACGAUCCCUCUAUUUCAUUUAAAACUUCAUGGAUUGGUUCUACAUGUACAAGCGUAACAUUUUUGAUGAGCAUUUUUGCAAGCAUGUGCAGUGAGCGCUUUGGUAUUAGACUGACGGCAUUUUUUGGAGCAGCUUUAGGCGUUGUUGGUCUCUUUUCUAGUGCUUUCAUUCAACAACUAGAACUUCUGUAUCUAACAUUUGGCCUCGUACUUGGAGUCGGUGGAGGAUUUGCAUAUUUUACCUCUCUGGUUAUUCUUGGACACUACUUCAAAAAACAUAUGGGCAUUGUGAAUGGAGUCGUUUCAUUAGGAAGUUCGAUUUACACUGUAUCCUUAUCAAUUGUUCUUCCAAUUGUGUUAGAAUCUCUGAGCAUCAAGUAUACAUUUAUUAUCCUAGGUGGAUUAUAUUGCAUGCUUCUAUUGUGUACUUUGACAUGGAAGCCAUUCUUCCAGAGAAAAACGGACAACCCCAAAUUAGAUUUGUCGAAAGAAACGGACGUUGUCAACAAAUGCAGCUGUUCGGCUAAAUACUACCUGAACUGGAAAGUUUUCGGAAAUCGUACAUAUCUUGUUUGGUUUUUAGGAUUUAUCGUUGCUUUCUUCGGUUACUUUGUGCCAUUCGUACAUUUAGUCAAACAUACACAAGACACCUUUCCUGGUAGUAAUGCAUUUAUUCUGAUCACUUGUCUACAAGUUACAUCCGGUUUGGGAAGAAUCGUAUUCGGAAAAAUAGCGGACUUGAAAUGUGUGAACCGAAUCUACAUGCAGCAAUGCGCUUUUGUAUUGACAGGAGUAAUAACAGCUUGUAUUCCGUUUUCGGAGAAAUUUGAAGGACUAAUAGUUAUUUGUCUCAUUCUUGGUAUAUGUGAUGGCAUCAUUGUGUGUUUGGUAGGUCCUAUUGCGUUUGAUAUUGUUGGUCCCAUAGACGCAUCGCAAGCAAUUGGGUUUUUGCUUGGUGGAUUUUCUAUUCCAUUCGCUGUUGGGCCUCCAAUUGCUGGUUUGCUGUACGAUCAUCUUCACACCUAUGAAAUAGCGUUUGUGGUAGCCGGUGUUCCACCUAUUGUAGGUGCGAUUAUAAUGUGCCUUAUUCCAAGAGUGGUGAGACUCCACCCCGCUACAACAGAGACAUACACGUUUAGUUCUAUUUCAAUUUUAGAUGUUGAUCAUGCCAGUCAAAGUACAUUAGUUGCCCCAGAGCACGAAAUCGUUCCCGUAUGCAGCAUAGAACUUCCACCUUCUACAGACGAGGAGAACACUACACACUUCUAA